CCAAGGAUUCCGAUCGCAUCGAUGUGCUUAUUGUGAAUCUCGGACAUAGCGCCACCAACAGGCGCCAGGAAGUGUGUCAGUCACAACAGUUGCAUGUGGUGAACUUUUAAAUACUCCUCCUAGGGAAUUCAUGCGAUUGACACCAAAAGUGGUGAACAUGAUGCCAAGACAUUGCACUUGCUAAAUUGCGAAGGGAUUUUUGAUAUCUCGAACGGUGCUGCCAUGGCGAGGCGACAAAGUUAUGGCGAAUUCAGAGAAACAGAAAGUGUCUAAUAUCUAAAGCAAAAAAUGUCUUAUUGUGAUGACACGCGGUGUGUAUGUUCGGCCAAGGAUUCCGAUCGCAUCGAUGUGCUUAUUGUGAGUCCCGGGUAUAGCGCCACCAACAGGCCCCAGGAAGUGUGUCAGUCACAAAGGUGGAUUUUUUCACAGUUGCAUGCAAUGAACUUUUAAAUACUCCUCCUAGAGGAUUCAUGCGAUUGACACCAAAAGUGGUGAACAUGAUGCCGAGACAUUGCACUUGCUAAAUUGCGAAGUGAGUUUCGAUAUCUCGAACGGUGCUGCCAUGGCGAGGCGACAAAAUUAUGGCGAAUUCAGAGAAACAGAAAGUGUCUAAUAUCUAAAGCAAAAAAUGUCUUAUUGUGAUGACACGCGGUGUGUAUGUUCGGCCAAGGAUUCCGAUCGCAUCUAUGUGCUUAUUGUGAGUCCCAGGUAUAGCGCCACCAACAGGCCCCAGGAAGUGUGUCAGUCACAAAGGUGGAUUUUUUGUCAGCUUCAUGCAGUAAACUUUUAAAUACUCCUCCUAGGGGAUUCAUGCAAUUGAGACCAGACUUGGCCAACAUGGUGCAGAGAUAUUGCAGAUGCGAAAUUGCGAACGGAUUUUUGAUAUCUCAAACACUGUUCUCAUGACAUGUGGAUCUACAUGCUUCAGUUUGUGAUGCAGAUUUUCAGCACUGCUCUCACUGCAUCCAGUGGUUCCAUAACAGUUAAACUUCAUCACAAUGUUACACUCACGUGUGAGCAGAAAUGUUCAGGUGUACUCACAUGGAGCAGGAUUCGUGCGACUGUGGCUCAGUGUAAUCAGAUGUCCUGCAGCUCUGAAGAAGGCUUUAUUCUCUCUCAUGACCAGUUCCUGAAGGGGAAUCUGUCACUCACCAUUACUGCAGCUGAUUACAGCAGGAGAGGUUUAUACACUUGUCAGUGCGAUAAGGCAGACCUCAGACAAGUGCGACUCCUAAUUCAGACUCAAGAGAUAACACGUGUAAUUGCCCCGGGCGAGCCCAUAGACGUGCACUUGCCCCUCACUGACCAGGUGGAGGUGAGAUUCACUGCGAAUGAUGCUGCACAGCCCUCAGACGUGCAGAUCUGCACUGUGGACCAUGAGGAGAUCAAGUGCAGCUCAGAUUACAGAGCAAGAUCUUCUCGCCUCAACACUCUGCAGAUUACAGAUGGACGUGUCUCUGACACUGGGAGCUACACAGUACGGGAUCAAAUGAACAAUGAGACUCUGGCCAUCUUACGGGUCCAACUGAGGGAGGAGCAACCAGGUCCAGACAGGAGGCAGGAGUGUGUUAUGCCAGUAUGGCUACUGGUACUGGUGCUGGUGCUGGUGCUGGUUGUGUCUGCAUUUGUGGUCCUACUGGUGAUGCAUGUGCGACUGAAGAGAGAGAUUCUGCAGCUUCGUGGGGAACAUAAUCAGCUUGGAAUGAAUGGACUUUACAGUACAGACCAGAGCAGGAGAUCUCUGUACACAUCAGUGUCACAAAAUAGCAGCAAUGAGAACUUAUAACUGGGAGACAUAUGAUUUCUUAUCUUAUCUUACACUGACUCUCUGGGAGCAGGGGACAUCUGUGCCACAAAAGAAGUCUAUCAACACACUGAUUACACAACAACAACAAUAAUAAUAACAAUAAUAAAUAUAGCUGCAAGCAGCGAUACCGGGUUCAAGCCGUUCAGAUGCGCUCAGAACAUGUCGCUGAUGAACCAUACCAAGUUUUGUAGCGAUAUGGCAUUGCAUUCGUAAAAUGUGUGUGUGUGUGUGAGUGUCUGUGUGUGUGUGAGUGUCUGUGUGUGUGUGUGUGUGUGUGUGUGUGUGUGAGUGCGUGUGUGUGAGUGAGUGUGUGUGAGUGUCUGUGUGUGUGUGUGAGUGCGUGUGUGUGUGUGCAUGUCUGUGUGUGUCUGUGUGUGUGUGUGUGUGUGUCUGUGUGAGUGUGUGUGAGUGUCUGUGUGUGUCUGUGUGUCUGUGUGAGAGAGAGUGUGUGUGUGUGUGUAAAUGUGUGUGUAAGUGUGUGUGUGUUCCUCGUAAGUGAAAACAUACUUGGCAAUAAAGUCUGUGUGUGAGUGUGUAUGUGUGUGUGUCUGUGUGUGUGUGUGAGAGUGUGUGUGUAAAUGUGUGUGUAUGUGAGUAUGUGUGUGAGUAUGUGAGUGUGCGAGUGAGUAUGUGAGUGUGCGAGUGUGGAAACUUGGUAUGGUUCAUCAGCGACAUAUUCUGUGUGUGAGUAAGUGUGUGUGUGUGUGUGUGUAAAUGUGUGUGUAAAUGUGUGUGUAAGUGUGUGUGUGUGUCCCUCAUAAAGACCUUUCUGAUUCUGAUUCUGAUUUUGCAAGAAUUUUGCCUAAACAUACUUGGCAAUAAAGACCUUUGUGAUUCUGA